CCAAAGAUCUUAUAAAGUAACCCAAUCCUCUGCCCUUCCAGAACAAGCACAGCUAAUGCCCAUUGCUAAGAGGCAGCAGCGACUCCUGAGCGAGCUGCUCCCUGUCUGAAUUCACUGUUCCUGGGUGACUCGGGAGCCACUUCACAAGAUGCAGGACAAAUUCCCCGUCUGUAUUCUGAUUGCAGCUGGACUAUUUGAUUUAUCAGGUGCCUCCGGGAAUGAACACCAUGUCAGGGAAGCAUUAGGCUGGAGCCUUCCUGGAGAAGCCCAACCAAGAGCUGAGAGCAGCCCAGUGCCCAGCGAAGUGUUUGCCAUUACAGAAGAUAACUUGGAUGAGGUGACCUUUAAUUUGCAGAGCCCAGCAGUUGACUCUGCCAAUGAAAUGACGGCUGAAUUCAUUCCCAUCCGCACAGAGACAGCUCCAAAAAGCACAGCCGUGCUGCCUGAAGAGUCGGCUAGAAACGCGGAGGUGCCUGAGCAACCGCACGCAGAAGCAGCAAUUUUGAAACUCCAGGAUGGACACACAUUUGCUAGCAAGAUCCUGAGCAGCGUAAGCAUCCCUGUCUCCACACAAGCAUCCCAGGCUACCACACAUCUGGAACAGCCAGCCAGGUCACAGCAAGGAGAACCAGAAAAUAUUACUGAGGCUGGUUUCAAUCCCACCAGCUCCCGUGCGGGGCUGCCCCAGCCCUUUCUCAGCGGAGGGACACAUCGAGACUCCCCCGAGCUUGCAGCUGUCUCUUCUGUCCCUGUUAUCAAGCAGGUGGAGGUGUCAAGUCCUAAAAUGCCUCUUCUGACUUCAGUGGUAAAUUUCCAUUCUUCAAGAAAAGAAACGACAGCAUCUCCAUUUUCCACUGGAGUUAAGAGUGCUCUCAAAGGGGCGAGGAUGGACUGGUUACCAACAGGAAUGCCUCCCGCUAGCAAAAGGCAAGAAGACACAAACGCACAAGUCCAGCCUGACAGCAAAGCUGGUGUGACACCUGCGUACGUGAGGAAGACUCAGAGUAUGGAUGCUGAAGUUACAACUUCUGCAUUCCUACAAAAGCCAGCUUCAAGGGACCUUGUUGCGCUCUAUUCCAGAAUGACACAGACAAGUGCUAUUCAGUUUUCCCCUACUUUAUCACUGAAGCAAGAGACAACAGGCAGCAGAGCCAGAAGCUCAACAACAGCUGUACAAAAUGGUUCUGGACAGGUUCGUCAGACACUCCCGCAAGGCAACGUACAUUCUGCAUUAUCGUUGCACCUGGGAGCUCCAGUUCAUGACUUACUGCCAUCUCCGUUUCAAGGGCCCGUUAGCACAACCAAUAGACAAAAGCCCGUCUCUUUGUCCAGGACUGUCAGUGGUACUAAACAAGACGUUUCCCAAGAAACCAAGAGGAGCUCUCAGGAAACCACUGCUCUCGUUUUGCAAAGAGAUACCGAUCAUCAGACAAUGACAAACAAACCUGAAAAAUCCAGAUCCUCGGAGAGCCCACAGGCUUCUGCUAGUUCAUCCUCAUUAAGCCAGUCAUGGAUUUCCACAUUAAAACCUUCCCAAACUACUAAAAAGCUAAGAGGAGCAACAUCUGCACUCCUUGCAGGUCCAUCUGCCUUUGAGAACGCAUCCCUUCAGCCUGUAAGCACAUUUGAUUCUGUCCCUGCAGGGCUUCAGCCGCCAGGUACAUCUUUUCCUGCUUCUGUUGGAUUGCGGCUAAUGGGUGUCCCCACCUCUGCUGAGAAAGGACUUCACAUACCAACUUCAUCCACACCUACUGGUUCUGGGUCUCGAGUUCAAGGCAUUUCAGCCCAUCCUAUAUCUCAGAAAGCUUUCUCUAUGAUGCUACAGAUGAGCACAAGGGAGGACUCCAAGAGAAAGAAAAGUCUCCCGCAACAGAUAGGGAAAAUUGGUUCUCCCGCACUGACUCCACAAGCCGUCCCGGUCCCCAGCCCCUCUGGACCGCAUGACAAUGGCAACCAGAGAGUUCCUGUGCACAGCUUUGCUCCUUCGGCCUCCCACAUCCAGCCAGCUGGCAGCCCGGCAGCUUUUGCUUCCCUGGGUGCACAGGGAAGCCGGUCCAGCCCAACAACAGCACAUCCUGGACCGGAGGUGCCCGGGGUUUCAGGUGGGAUCCCAGCAUAUCUGGCACAGCAGUUUGGUGCACAUAAUGCAGCCACCAAAAACCUCAGUGCCUUUAGAGGUGAACAACUUACGAUGCUACCAACAUCCCCAAACUUGUCCUUUCUGCUUAGAAGUACUAAUGGCAUGAUCUGCUUGCAGCCUAUGCAAGGUUCUCCUCUACCCACAAACUUCCCAAACACCAGCAUUGGGGGUCUGGUUUCCAUUCAGCAAAUCCUGGCGGCAGCAAAUUCUUCAGCGCUGCACCUUGCAAACCUACAAAACCUGAGUCCUUCUAGCUUAAUUCUCGUCAGGCCUGUAUUUAUCCUUUUGCCCUCUGACAGACCAGAUUUACAGGUGGUGACAUCCCCUGAGGGUGAAGAUGACCACAAAGCUGCCCUCUUCUUCACAAAGAAGCAAGAACUGAAUUUGGGUACCCCCGAAAGCAGCCACGAUAUCCCAAUGAAAACCAGCUCCUCUUCUCCCACAAGUAAAUCCCUGAGGCCUGAAACCGCUCUCUCCACUCUGUCCAGCCAACAAGCAGAGAAAACAACGGUAACUUCUCAGCCAGCGCUAACUAAUCCUAAUUACACAGCCACCAGUACUUUGUUUCCAGCUGUUGCCUCAGCAUCAAAGCGUUUGCUGGACGCGGGGGCCAGGCCCAGCACGGCAGCGCAGGCCGCACGCUGGCAGCGGCUGCGCGAAGAGCUGCAGCUGCGUGCUCCCGGUCUGCAGCAGGACGAGGGGACUGAUUUGCUUUUACUUAACGGUGCGUCAGCAGGGCCCUUCACCUCCCCUGCGCCACCAUUAGCGACGACUGCACAGCACGGCCCCCGUAUUUCCCCCAAAGUGUUUGUCACCACUGAAAAGCCACGUUCUUCUGUGAUUCCUUUACUGUCAGCAAAGGGACUCCCUGAUAUUCGAAUGUCUGCCCGGCCUCCCUUCACUAUCACUGGGACUGUCGAUGGGGUUCAGCACAGUGAGAGACUAACAUUGCAAACUGCCAGCCAGCACCGAGGCUCAGUGACCACGUCAUCCUCUGCCCACGCACAAUGCGCGGAGUGUUGGGCCUUGCGCUCAGCGAGAACCACAGGACACGCAGUAGAGAUGAUCACAGGCAUCACGCCUUUGCAGUCCAGCUCGCAAGGUCCCCGAAGUACUGAGGCACUUCGAAGGCUGCCGUCGCAAAUUCAGCCUGUACCUAGCACACCAUCAGCUUUCUCGGUGCUUCCAGCUGGAAAUGAUCACAAAGACCCAGCAGCUGGCAGCACGGCCUCUUCGGGAGUCACUGUGCACGCUAAAGCUGCACAAACCCGAACCGCUUCUAUAAAACCUGAUCUUACUGAGCAUUUGGAAUUCACUCCCAUUGUGCCUAAGCCCUUUAUAAUGACAGAGAGACCAACAACUAAACCAGCGCACACUCCAUUUUCAACAACGGUCCAAAUGAAAACAACAGUUUCUGGGAAAGUUCUGGCUACAAUUACCCAUCCAAGGAUGUAUAGAGACUCUCCUGCAAGCCCACCUUCACCUAUGUCUACACAUGUUCCCCUGCUAUCAGCCAUGAAACGUGACCAGAUCCAUCGAGCCCCAACUAAGCUGUUCUCACAGGCCAACAUAGGAGAAAGUACAAAACCAACUGAAAUCAGCACAAGUGCAAGAAAAAUAGGAACUGGUAAAUUCCUGGGAACAAGCACGUCUCUGUCAGCCGCGUUUAACACGAGGACACAGCAAGACCCCACUGCAGUUCUUGGGAAGAAGGUUGUUUUAACUCCAGUACAACCAUCUGUGGCUGCAGAAUCUGUGAUUGCUCUUGAGAGACAGCCUGAAUUGACUCAAACCACAUCACAGUCUCCAUUAGCAAUGUCUUCUCUCUCUGCAGUGAAGGAUGAGUAUGUCACUACUUCACUUAGAAACAAACAAACGUUUCUCCUGCCAACAUCAACUGUCCAAUCUGAUCCCAACGUGGUGCUGCCCGCAACUGCCAGAGUGAGCAAAUCAGCUGUGGUCUCCAGAGCAAUGGGGAAGGCUGAGGACACAGCAGUGCAAGGAGAUGCAGCCGCUGCCAGCCGGCUGCCCACUCCAUCACCCGUGUCCUCUCCACAUCAGCCAUCAGCAAGACGCCCUUUGGUGAAGGCAUCACCGGACGAUAACACUGAACACCAGCCUGGUCAUUCCAGCCCUGACGCUCUGAUGCACGCCACCGGGCCAUCUACAACAACAGCAUUUUCUGUCUCUGCUAAUAGGCUUGUAAACAAGGUUACUAAUCAGUCAGCUGUCUUCAGCAGGGUACCUGUCAAGGAUGCUGAGUCGCUUCUAGCUAGAGAUGUCAUCCUAUUCCUUCCAACCCCAGAGAGCCCUUCGUAUUCUGCUCAGGGUCUGGUAGCGCUUACACCACAGGGGAAUUCCUUGCUGGGUGUUGCAAACACUGGACGAUCUGAGAGGCUGUUCUUGAACACGGAGGCAGAGGAGAUGCUUGGAACAAACGAGGUGACGGAAGAAGCAGCUGAGGGCUUAGUAACUGCUCUAACACUGCUGGAUUCGGAGCCCAGUGCGCUGCUGAGGGAAUCGCACCAGAGGAGCGGUCUGCAGUCAGACGCUGCCAUUCUCAACGGCCUUGCAGUUGUGAGUGACGAUGCCUGCGGCUCCGGCAACUACACCGUGCAGAUGAGCCUGCGCCCCGCUGCAGAAGCAGACCCCGAAGCCGAAGGCUCAGCACCUUCCCAGGAGACUUUCCUGGCUUUGCUCGCCGUGCAGAGUAACGGCAGCCAGCCCGUGCUGCAGGUCCGAUCGUGCUGCGUGACGCCUUCCGCCAGCCCGGGGGGACCGGGCGCCACGUGCUGCGUGUUCCGCAGGGUGCCAUUUGAAUGCAGCCACAUCCAGGUCCUGCAGAGCAGUAACUCCGGCGCUGCUAGCUUCACCAUCCAGCUGUUCCAGAUGCUGAAUCAUUCAGUGGCCUAUUUGCACUGCCAGCUCAGUGUCUGUCUGCAUGGCAAAGCAGGCUGUGAACAGAAGUGCUUUGACAGCGUGGAGCCGCUCCUGCAGCCGAGUGACAGGAACAGCCAUGGAAACCUGCACAACCUGGUCUCAUUCGGUCCAGUUUUUAGAACCAGGAACAGGUUUCUAUAUCAGCCUAUGGAAGGUCCUGGUUCUGCCAUGCUGGUGCCCGUUCUGCUGGGAUCCCUUACUGGCUUUGCUGUGCUGGGCAGUGCUUCCAUAAGCCUUUGGCUGCAUCACAGACAGAAAACCAAACACACACACUGUCCACAAGCUGCAGAAAUCCAUGGCCUGUGACCCACGAGCAGCUGACUGGUCCUGAAGAUCCCGACCCUCUGCUACACUGAUCUGAAAAGCAAUCGAUUUUGCUUUGCACACUGUAUUGCUUUUGUAGAGCUUCUGCUGACCCAGGGAACAAGACACCCAGUCUCUGCUUCAUGCACGUCUCUCCUUCCUUUCUUCCCAGCUGCACGAGCAGUUCCACGAACUACAGAGCAGAGGAAGAACUGUAGUAGUGGUCCAGCUGUAAGGGAGAGCAGAGCUUACAAUGCGGUAUGUGCAAGCACCAGCACACGGUCUGCUCACAGAAAUGGGAAAGCAGACAAGAAAUCAGGUCGGAUGCAUCCAGUUAAUUUCCAGCAGCUGGAGACUGGAUGGAAGAGCCUGUGCUGCGGGCUGGCCUGUCAGUGCUGUGCCAAGGCACCGAGCCUCCAGAAGAUGGCAGAGAUGCAGCUGCUCUGGCAGAAGGAAAUAACCCAGCGCUUGCAUGUAGCUCUUCAAUAAAGCAUCGUAUAUUGUUUUCAAGUGCUCGAGCAGCGUCUGCACUUGUUGCCAAGCUGGAAAACAUGGCCUACGUCUCGUUGGACCUAAUGCCGUGUGGACUUCAAGUACCUGCACGCAUUCUAAACGUGGAAAUUCAUGUUAAUGAAGACUCAAGUGUGUGUGUAAUGAAACUUUAUUUAAGAAGUGGAGCGUUUCUUUGCUAGGGUCCCGUGAGUCUGGACUUGAUCUCCUUAGCAAUGCCAAUUCACUUUUCCUACUCUUGCUUGUGUUUGCCCAGUGCCUUGUACUGGUAGUGACUAUAAUGAGUACACAAUCUGUAGGAUUACACUGCGGAGUGUACACCCGUAGUGUGCUGGAUACUAAUAGGUCUUUCUUUUGACAAGUGUUAAAGAUGUGAGGUCAUUGCUGACACUCUAACAAGUCCUAAAUUGUCCUAGGUAAUUCCUGGCUGCCAUAGACACUAAGAAGUGCUACCAGAUGGUUCUGUUAGACUUUUCUACUAGUAAAUAGUUCUACAGCUGGAAAAUGUACUCCUGAAUUCUAAUGGAACACUUAGAGCCUUGGAAAUGAAAUAAAAACCUUCUAGUAGUAA